AUGGCCACUGCCGAGGCAUCUUCCUCGUCCACCCCCGCUAUGGAGCCCGCAAAGAUUGAGGCCCUCAAGGCCUACCGUGCCAAGGUCAAGGAGCACUCGCAGAUGUCCGAGAACCUCAAGAAGAUCCGCAUGAACAUUCGCACGCUCGGCAACGACUAUGAGAAGACCGAGGACGACAUGAAGGCGCUCCAGAGUGUCGGCCAGAUCAUCGGCGAGGUGCUCAAGCAGCUUGAUGACGAGCGAUUUAUUGUCAAGGCAUCGUCCGGUCCCCGUUACGUCGUCUCGUACCGCCCCACUCUCCCCGCUGCCAAGCUCAAGGCCGGUGUCCGUGUCUCGCUGGACAUGACUACUCUCACCAUCAUGCGUAUCCUCCCCCGCGAGGUCGACCCCAUGGUGUACAACAUGUCCCUGGAGGACCCCGGAUCGGUCAGCUUUGCGGGUAUCGGUGGUCUGGGCGAGCAGGUUCGCGAGCUGCGUGAGGUCAUUGAGCUGCCGCUCAUGAACCCCGAGCUGUUCGAGCGUGUUGGCAUCAAGCCUCCCAAGGGUGUCCUUCUCUACGGCCCACCAGGAACCGGAAAGACCCUACUCGCGCGUGCAGUCGCCGCAACCCUCAACACCAACUUCCUCAAGGUCGUCUCCUCGGCCAUUGUCGACAAGUACAUUGGCGAGUCGGCGCGCCUUGUCCGUGAAAUGUUUGCGUACGCGCGCGAGCACGAGCCGUGUAUCAUCUUCAUGGACGAGAUUGACGCCAUUGGUGGUCGUCGUUUCUCCGAGGGCACGUCGGCGGACCGUGAGAUUCAGCGUACGCUCAUGGAGCUGCUCAACCAGAUGGACGGCUUCGACUCGCUCGGCCGCACAAAGCUCAUCAUGGCCACCAACCGCCCCGACACCCUCGACCCGGCGCUUCUCCGUCCCGGCCGUCUCGACCGCAAGAUUGAGAUCCCCCUCCCCAACGAGCAGGGCCGUCUCGAGAUUCUCAAGAUUCACGCAAAGGGAAUCAACAAGAGCGGCGACAUUGACUACGAGGCGGUCGUCAAGCUUUCGGACGGCUUCAACGGCGCGGACCUGCGCAACAUCUGUACCGAGGCCGGCAUGUUUGCCAUUCGCGACGACCGCGACGCCAUUGUGCAGGAGGACCUGAUGAAGGCGGUGCGCAAGAUCAACGACGCGAAGAAGCACGAGACGACCAUGGAUUACCAGGCGGUGUGA